CCGCUGAGAUAAAUCACAGCCUUUGGCUUUGGUAUAUAAGCAGACGGCGCAGGUUGUUCAAGGCUAGCGGCUGUGGGGAGACAACGGCAUGUCUACGUCAGGCUGUGUUCUGGUCGUCGUUGUGUUGUUAUGCGCAUUGCGGCUGUCGGCGGCUGGCUAUGGCCACUACGGUCACGGAGGACAUGGAAUUGUUGUGCACAAGAUCAGCGAUGGUGGUUAUGGGCACGGUCAUGGCCAUGGCCACGACUACAAGACCCACGCAAUUAAGGGUCCUACGUUUCUCGUAAAGACAGUUCACCAUAUCAAAAAAAUUCAUCCCGGAGGCGGCUACCUGGGUCACUACAGCCACGGCCACGGCCACGGACAUGGUCAUGGUCACGGUGGAGGACACGGAGGGUACGGCAAAGUCAUAAUCAUCAAGAGCAAACACGGCCAUGGUGACGAACAUGGUUACGGCCAUGGACACGGUGGGGGCCAUGAUGGGGGUCAUGGCGGCUACGGUGACUGGUGGUGAAGCGCAUGUCGCUUUCGCAACGUGCCUCUCGUAUACCAAAGAUUUGUUUUAACCGCCAUGUCAGAAAUGGGCACUCUGACACUAGGCUGCUGAAACUCCUGUACCUAAAUUUACUGCGCUUUAAAAUGGUUGGCGCUUAUUUUAAAAGUUCGCAUGGAUACAAAUGUUCCUCCCCAGUGCUGAGCUGGACCUCUGCUCUGUACUUGUAAAUAUUAUGUAAAUAAAA